AUGGAAUUAAAAAUUCAGAAGUGUGCAGUUCUCUCUUUCUCCCGUAGUCAAGAUGUGAUCCGUUUUGAUUAUUCCUUGGAUGACUCAGCCCUGAAACACGUCACCAGUAUCAGAGAUCUUAGAGUAGUUGUGAAUACACAUUUUAAUCCUCAUGACCAUGUUUCCCAUAUUUGUAAUAAGGCCAUUGCAAUGUUGGGUUUUGUUCUCAGGGCAUCCAAAAAUUUCCGCUCUGCCAACACACUGGACUUCCUUUACCGAACAGUAAUCAGGCCUAUUCUUGAAUAUGCCUCGAUAGUGUGGAGCCCUUACUACAAAACUCACAUAGAGGCUAUUAAAAGAAUCAAAACAAGAGGAUUGAGAAUUCACGGUCUUCAUCUAGGCGUUCAAUAUAUGGACGCUCCAGUUGCUGAACUAAGACGCAGCCUCGACCUUGCACCUCUACAAGAAAGAAAACGGACUGAUGAUCUCAUCUUCUUGUACAAGAUAGUAAAUGGUGACACUGACUGUUCGAAGCUGACUAAGUUAUUGGACUACAGUGUGCCUAGAGGGCCUAGGCUGAGAGACAUCUUUGGUAGGCGAAUCCAGAAUAAAAGGUACAGCUACAUGAGCUCAAUUCCCAGGGUCUCGAGAGAAGGAAAUCUCCGGGACAACAGCAUAGACAUCCUCGGAUCUUUUUGUGAUGCCUUCAAACCUAAAGUACAAAAUAGCUUGUAG